AUGUUACGCUCAUUCGUUUCCAAAAGAUUUUUUUCCAGCACAAGAGCUAGUUUAGAUACGCUUGCGUUUGUCGAAAGUGCCCAAUCCAAAAUUACACCAACUUCUUUAUCAGCCAUUAAUGCAGCAUCCAAGAUUGGUGAGCCAAUUACUGUGAUAGUUGCCGGGUCUGAGGGCGAAGCCAUCAAAGACGAAGCGGCGAAGAUCCCCGGUAUCAAUAAAGUACUCGUGGCUAAGGGGACCCAAUAUGAUCAUUAUUUAUCUGAAGAAUUAAGUCCAUUAUUCAAAGAUGUCAUACAAUCCUCCAAUUUCACUCAUUUCUUUACCCCAGCUUCCGCCGUUGGGAAGUCGGUGUUACCACGUCUUGGGGCUCUUCUUGACGUUCAACCGCUUUCCGAUAUCAUCAAAAUUGAAUCCAAAGAUACCUUUGUUAGACCAAUUUAUGCCGGGAAUGCUUUGGCCACCGUUCAAUCCAGUGACAAGAUCAUUCUUGCCUCGGUUAGAGGAUCCGCUUUCCCCCCAGUGGAAUUGGGGGCAGAGGCUGUUCCAAUCGAAGAAGUUGCUGCUACCACUGAAUCAAAUAACCGUACCGAAUUUGUUUCGGAACAAUUGAUUACUUCUGAAAGACCUGACUUGGGCUCAGCUUCGAAGGUUGUUUCUGGUGGUCGUGGUUUGAAAAAUAAGGAAACCUUCGAUGGCUUGAUUGAACCUUUGGCUGCUAAAUUGAAUGCUGCUGUUGGUGCUUCUAGGGCCGCCGUUGAUUCUGGGUUCUGUGAUAAUUCUUUACAAGUUGGUCAAACUGGUAAAAUCGUCGCUCCAGAAUUAUACGUCGCUGUCGGUGUCUCUGGUGCCAUCCAGCAUUUAGCUGGUAUGAAAGACUCCAAGACUAUUGUUGCAAUUAACAAGGAUCCAGAAGCUCCAAUUUUCAAUGUUGCGGAUAUUGGUUUGGUCGCUGAUCUUAAUGAAGCUGUACCAGAGUUAACCGGCAAAUUGUAG